AUAUACGCAAAGACAAUACAAGUGGAUACGGGCCUUUAAACUCGUGUCACGGAGGCACUACCGACAUCUAACGAGCGUAACACGUUUCGAUUAAAAAUGAUUUACAAUUAAUAAAUCAUGAUCGGAUCUCGAAUAAAUCUACAUAUAUUUGCCAUUUUCAAAGCUUUCAUUCAAGCUUCGGAACGAGCAAAUUUUGUCUAAAAAUCGAUCGAGACUGACAUGUACAACAGUAGAUAAAUACCAUCACAGAAUUCCUUUAUAAACAAUCUUUAUUUGAAUCGAGAUAAAACGUCGUUUAAAGAAGAGAGUCUAAUUUACAGAUUAAUCGCAGAUUAUCAAUAGCUUUUCACUUGGCAUUAAAAAAAUAUGAUAUGUGUAUGUAAGCGUUCGAUCGAUACGAGAUACAGAAUUAGAUUUUCAUUUAAACGUUCAAUCAAUCUUUCAUCAUGCUUCUUUAUCUCGCGAGGAUCAAUGCAAAGAUAUGCAAUAGUAUGCGUACUGGUUGCGGCAAGAUUUAUUGCAAAAUCACGUUGCAUAGGUCAAGCUAAAUACCCAGCGUUCUUGUUUAUCUUGCUGAUUCUAUUGCGCUCUUUUUCAUGCAAUUAUUUUUUAUUUAUCUCGGUUAUUUGCGAUCAUCGCGAGUAGAUAAAAACAAUAAUGAAAUCUCGCGAUUAAAUAGACUUCAACGGAUGAUAACAUUCAUUAAGUACCAAAGAUAUUGUCAUUUUUCGUGUUAAACGCUAAUAAGCGUUCCAUAUGCGACGUUAGCGAGCCUUCCGUCUUCAGUCUAAUAGAAUUGUCGCGUUCUCAAAGGGUUUACCAUUGUCUGGUCAGAGAUUUAAACGACAUCCACGCGCAACGGAAAUCAGUUCUCGCUGGCAGUCGACGAGUCGUGCUACUUCCCGAGGUCGACGAUCGGCAUAUUUCAAAAUUUAAACCAAACGCAAAGACAAUGGAGAGCUCUAGAGUAAGCGUAAUAGUUGCCUCGAUCUUGGCGAUAGUCAGUACAAUCUCGAACGCGAAAGUUUGCGAUACAGAGCAAUGGCAAUCGCGCAUCGGCUUGUUUGUCUCGCCUAUAAUGACGAAGUCAAAGAUCCGCGAGUUAGAAAUUUAUUGGAACAACAUCAAUUUCACACCCGGGGAUACGAUCUCGCUCUACGAAGAGAGUGAAACUGGAUCCCCGCACGUGAUCUACACUCUGACUCCCAAUAGCCCGAAUGGCAAUCAGACAACUGGAAUACAAGCUGAAUACGUGCCCAGCUCGAAUCUACCGUUCGUACAAAAAUGCACAAAAUAUGGAGUGAUAUGGUCGUCGGACAGUGGAGUUAAGAAAAUGGAUUGUUUAAAACUGCAACCGACGUGGAUGCGAGAUAGGAAAGAUAUUCUUGGGCCUUUGAGAAUGAAUGAAAUAUUUUUACCUGGAACUCACGACUCGGCGGCGUACGACGAGGAUGGCUCGAAAACGGGCUUUAUCCCAAAGUACGCUGUAACGCAAGAUUUAGAUAUCCUUGGCCAAUUGAUACACGGCGUGCGAUAUCUAGAUAUCAGAGUGGGACAUUAUCCCGGGACUAAAGAGAAGUGGUGGACGAAUCAUGGACCGUUUUAUCGCUCGGUGUCGUUAAAAACAGUCGUGGAUCAAAUAAAAACUUUCCUCGACAAUACGGAAGAAGUUGUGAUAAUGGAUAUCCACGAAUUCCCUAUUGGGUUCAAAAACAUAUCCGAUCAUCGUGCACUGGUGGCAUAUUUGGAGGACGAGUUUCGGAAUUAUUUCAUAAAUAAUCAAGGAUGGCAUACAAAAUUGAACGACAUUUGGUCUACCGGAAAGAGAUUGAUAAUCGGUUACGAGAACUCGCAGAUCGUCGCUGAGCACGCUAGCAUGUGGUCUUGCGUGUUGCAUCAAUGGGGAAACGUCAGGAAACUCAACGAUUUGUACAAAUAUUUGUUCUCGAUAGAAAACCAGAAUAGGUCGGGAGCGAGACCUUGGUCGGCCAUGGCAGAGUUAACAGCGACUGCUAAGGACAUUAUUUUCAACAAACUGGGAGGUCUCCGAGAUAUGGCGUACAGAGUCAAUUUAAACGUGUCUAAUUGGUACAGCACUCUUUGGCAGUACAGCGCUAACAUUGUCGCAGUAGAUUUCGUGAGAGGCACAGACAUCGUACAAAUUGCUAUCGAAGCCAACGAGAAUCGCCAUGUACACUGCCACUAAUUAAUUUAUAUUUAUAGCAUCUAAAAGGAUAGAGAAUUGUCAAGUCUCCCUUAACAAAGCCGUCAUAAUAUUAAAUAAGCUAUUAAUUCGACUUAUAAUAAAAGACAAUUAUUUUUAAUAAAAUA